GGAGGUCUACACGCUUUUUCGGCGCACUCAAACGAUGGCACCAGUGAUGGCAGAUGGAUUUGCUUUUCCUAUUUAAGUAUGACAUCUCCGGUCUAAAGGUGUCAUACAUGUUGUGAACCCUGGUCGAUGGAUUUAUUACCUUUAAUACAAGAAUAUUUUACCUGUACUUUCUCCAUAGGCUAGAAAUCUUGAAGCAUGGGCGACUGGAGCUUUCUGGGGCGGCUGUUGGAGAACGCUCAGGAGCACUCGACGGUCAUUGGCAAAGUCUGGCUGACUGUCCUCUUCAUCUUCAGGAUCCUGGUGCUGGGGGCUGCAGCUGAAGAGGUCUGGGGUGACGAGCAGUCUGAUUUCACCUGUAACACCCAACAGCCUGGUUGCGAGAACGUCUGCUACGAUGAGGCCUUCCCCAUUUCGCACAUCCGCUUCUGGGUGUUGCAAAUCAUCUUCGUGUCCACGCCAACUCUCAUCUACCUGGGCCAUGUGUUACACAUCGUCCGUAUGGAGGAGAAGCGGAAAGAGAAGGAGGAGGAGAUGCGCAAAGCAAACAAGUUCCAGGAGGAAAAAGAACUCCUUUAUAGAAAUGGUGGAGAUGCUGGAGGAGUAGGUGGAGGCAAGAAGGAGAAGCCGCCAAUCAGAGACGAGCAUGGCAAAAUCCGUAUCAGAGGUGCGCUGCUGCGUACCUAUGUGUUCAACAUUAUUUUCAAGACCGUGUUUGAAGUGGGAUUCAUUUUGGGCCAGUAUUUCCUCUAUGGCUUCCGACUGAGGCCCCUGUACAAGUGUGCACGUUGGCCCUGCCCCAACACCGUUGACUGCUUCAUAUCGAGGCCCACUGAAAAGACUAUUUUUAUUAUAUUUAUGCUUGUAGUGGCUUGCGUGUCUCUUUUGCUGAAUUUGUUAGAGAUCUAUCACCUUGGAUGGAAGAAAGUUAAACAGGGCAUGAAAAAUGAGCUCGCCCCCGACCACGAGUCACUGCGCGACAUUGCAGAGCCUGAGUGUUUGGCCUCGGCCUCCAGAACUGCCCCAUCCAGCCUCAGCUACCCUCCCAACUACACAGAUGUGACGGCGGGCAGCGGGGCAUUCCUGCCGCCCAUGGGGCCGGCAGCUGUGCCCUCAGCGGCAGAGUUCAAGAUGGACGACCUCCAGCAGGAGCAGUCCUCCCCCUCUUCCCACUACUACAUCAGCAAUAACAACAACCACCGGCUGGCCACGCAGCAGAACUGGGCCAACCUGGCCACCGAGCAGCAGACUCGGGAGAUGAAAGCCACCUCUCCCUCCCCAUCCUCUUUUUCCACCAGCACCAACAAUGAGCAGCAGCAGCAGCCUGUCGACGCCGCACUGCUCCUUCCCACCAGCAACACCCCCAGUAACACCAACAUCACCAGCAGCAGCCCUGGCACUGCCUCCAACACAGGCAGCUUGGGUGGGGGGAAGAGUGAGCUGGAGGAAGGCCACGUCACCACUACAGUGGAGAUGCACGAGCCUCCAGUAGCGGUCAGCACAGACCCUCGGCGGCUCAGUCGGGCCAGCAAGAGCAGCAGCAUCAGGGCUAGGUCAAAUGACCUGGCUGUCUAAAUCUAAAUUUUAUGUCCCUAAACCCCACCUGACCAACAUCCCACUUUCCCCAACCCCACCCUCAAGCAUAGUGAUUCUAAAGCAAAAAAAUACAAAAAAACAAACAAAAUAAGGCGAGGCGACAAGAGACAGGAAAGCAGGAGAGCAGAAAAGGUUAGGCAGACUACCUUCCUACCUUUUGAAAAAGGGUUACACAAACGUGAAAUGACAUGUCAUGGAUUUAGUGCAAUCGGUGAGUUGCAGCGUAGUUGAGGCACGGCUUGUGUUUUUGGACGGUCUUAAUUUAUGCGCACGAAAUGUGAUCAUGCGGUGCUAUAAAGUCAGAAGGCUCCACUCCCAGCGGUGGAUGGACACUGAUGUCACAACUUUGCUUCAAAAUGGACACACCUCUCCAACAUGUUUGGUUUGGAGGAAGCUCUCAUGCUGUUUCUCUAUAUUUUUUUUUGUUCAGCCCAAAGGACCUUUCCCCAAUGAACAGGAUCAUCUUUCAAAACAAGGACUGAUUUUUCCUUUUUUUUUUUUUUUUUUUUUUUUUGAACAGUACUGUUCAAAUAGCUGAUCUGUACGAUCGACGAUUUGAUGUAUAGCCAGACAAUUAUUAUUACGUCUUGUGUAUUUUUUAAAAUCUUGUUUCACACUCAAAUUGGUGGUGCAGACGUGCUUGUUCCAAGCGUUUGUCCUUUGACCUGGAAGGUCCUUCGCUGCAGACCUUCAUGGAUUUUUCUGAACAAACACCUGCUGAAACAUGAUUCAUCACAUUAUGUGUAUCGUGUUCCUUGUAGUUGUGCAUGCAAGCGUGCGCCGCCCUGCAACUCACCGAUUCACUGACAAACUUUUAUGGCAAAGUUGGCUAGUUUGGUUUUACCCAUCAUCCAUCGCACUGCAUCCUGCAGAAACAAUAAAUAUUGUAACUGAGGUGGAACAGAUGGUAAUGGACAGGUGUGAUCCGCAGUGUGGACGGGAUGUGGCUCAAAACUGCUGGUAGAAGUCACCCCUGUAAUGCCCAGAAUGCACCUGGGUCUCCUUGAACACUGUACUGUCCACCAACCUGGAAAUGAAAACGUUCCCACCACGCUGUUAGUUUACAACUAAGGAAAAUGGGAGCAGAGUACCUUACACCUGCCUCUGUCAGCGUUGCCUUCGGUCAACAUGUCAAAAAAGAAAAAUGCUCCACUAACUCCACAAAGGACAAGAUGUUGCCUUCAAAUACGCAAAUGCAAAUACAGCAGCCACUCUCCGAUAUAAAAAAUAAUCAUGUUCUCCUUGUUCCUUCAGAUGCAACCUUCCGAAGGUCUUGAGCUAGACUUGAAACUGCAAAUAUUUUAGUGAUUAUUGGCAGAUAUAUUUUUGCCCCCUUUUUAAUCAUCACACCUAAAGACUGAGACCAACUCUAGGAAUUAAAUGAUUUCCAUCAUCACACAUUUCAUGUGGUUUUAUUCUGAAAAUUUCUAUUUUUUAAAAAACUGAAUUGAAUUUGACUAAAUUGCAUACUUGUAGUAGUCAUUUUGUGAUUGCGAAACAGAUUUUUUUAAAAAUAACAAAAUGGCUGACAUCGUGAGUAUCAAAACGCCAUGCGGCAGUCGACCUCGGUGGCUUCUGUUUUGUUGUGUUCAUCUUGAUUCUUAGAGAUCUUUGAACUGAAGUCAUCAGCGGCCGCAGUCCCCUGUCUCUGUUGUUUUACUGUGCUGUUUGGUUCAUUCACAACCCAGGCACUCAAAAAGACUUUUUUUUUCUCCUUAAUCCACUGUAUUAUCCUGUGAGGGCAGAGCUGCAAGUACACAGUAAAGCUGUGUGAAUACUGAAUAAUCUGCACAGUUCGUACAAGCAAUACGAUUCAGCACUAAUAUGUUUGUGCAAAGUAUUCUACAGGAACAAUACUUUUUCAGCAGUUAGGCUAAUACACUGGAGUAAAGUGGUACCAGCUUUUUCCCCCCAAAGUACUGUAUGGUGUCAGAGUAUAAUGUUUCAAACCGUAUCUUACUUGGCUUAAAAGACAUUUAGUGCAAACAGAAGCACAAAGAGGAAAAUAUACACAACGCAUGGGUACAAGCAGCCUUUCCCAAUCGUGGAUGUUUCUUGUUCAAAAUGACAAAAAAGAAAUACAAUCUUUUUUAUCUGCAUUUGUUUUUGAUCCCUAAAGUUUACAUUUUGGUAGUUGAUAACGAUUUGCACAUUUAGGAAAGAAAACUGCUGUUCUACAAUGCUAAUUAUGGUAGAAAUACAGAAAGAAAGAACCAGAGAGAAAGAGUGAGAGCGAGAGAGAGAACGAGAGCGAGCGUGAUGCCAAAUCUCUAUGAUCCUCAAGGGAAGAAAUGUCUUAAAACCAAAACACAGUGGCUCUUCACAGAAAAAGGCAGUAUUAAAAAAAAAAAAAGAAGCUCAGAUCGUGAUGAGCUUGAAGAUUUAAAAGAAUUUAAAGAAACAACGACGAGAGAGAGAAAGAACAGUAGGGGUGUUUUUCUGUGUGUUCAUCAGUAUGUUCUCGCAGACUGGUCGGGACUCUGGUUAGACGUCGAAUCAGACGACUCCGCUGUUGAGAGAAUGUUAGUCGGGUAGCUGGCCCUUCCCUAACCCUGCAUACAAAGCCCUGACAGGAUGUUGUGUUCAAAACCCGUCGUCCCCCGUGACGCUUCUAAACUCUCUCCUCUUACGUGUCAUGCAGAGCAUGAUUUCUCUGGCUCGUCAGGGAGUAGAAACCAUCUCACAAUGCUCAGAACAGCAACCUGUUUUCAAUGCUGUCUUAAACAAGAGAAGUGCCUUGUGUAUGAAUGAUUCUUUUGUAAGAACAAGUUGAUGUAAAUGUUAAUUUACCUCAAAU